GGCAGUUUGAUGUUACCUAGAUUACGCCGUCAUUCUUUAUCACACUCUCCCGCUCCCCAGGUUAUCUUUUAUGCCGAAGGUGCUUGUUCUGCUUCUAAGCAGUGUAUGACUAAUGGAGUCACGCGCUUGUGACAGGUGUUGGACAAUGAAGUCACAGUGUGACCGGCGCCAGCCGUGCUCACGCUGUGCGAGACUGAACAUCGACUGUGGAACUCGCCGUCCACAGGCUCGACGUGGCCGACCCCGUAAACAGCGAGGCCGCAGCAGCAGGUCGUUGACGACGCACAGCGAAGAUACGACCGGCUCUCCUGGGGGGUCAGUGGCUGUGGACAACUCGGCAUCAUCAGAAAGACAGAUAGAGGUAACACAGCACACACCAAUAACGCUUAUGGACGUGUUAGAGAACGCGGUAGAACUGCACACCCCAACGAGCCGCGCUGCGCUGCAUUCAACGCCAAGCCCAGCGUUGCCGGAUGGCCGCUUCACGUGUCAGGUCUUGAACGGGGAAGUUGUUUUGGCUCCCGUGAUACGAUGGCUUGUCCGUAUGUCUUCUCAGCCUCAGGAUCGCGCCGACAAAUACCCAGCUGUGAGCUUUGCCCUACUCGCGAUUUGUAUGCAAAUGGAGUACGAGGUUACCUCCAGGAUGAGUCCACAACGGCUCGAUUACAUGAUUGACUCCCUGCGUGUUCAAUGCUUGAAGGACAUCCCUGCAUUAACAUGGAAAUCGUGUGAGACUAAAAUCGAUCACGCUAAAGUCCUUGUUCUAGUGAGCCACUUUUGGUGCAUGAAGGAAGAUCUAGCUUUGAUUGCGGAUCGAUGGAACUCGCUUGCCAGCCUAAUCAACAUGGAGGCAAUGAGGGUACGAUCGAACGCGCAAACAGACCGCGAGACCGAUGAUACAUGAACCCUGAUGUUACUCCAUUAUCGGCACAGACCUGUCUCUGAACGCGCAUGGGUACCCAAAACGAAGCCUCGAAGCCCACUCGUCCAGGCUCCUUUGAAGAAAACCUAUUUCGGACUUCUUCGUCCAUUAAUUCGACUUCUUAGAGUGGUGCUACAAGACUCUGAUCCCGGCGACAGCGAUGUCAGAGAUGGUCUCGAGCAGUACUACCUAUGUUUCCCUUCCGAUGGCUUGUGUUACGAUUCCAUCAGAUACAUUUAUGAAGCCGAGGCCAUGAUUUGGGUUCACGGCAUUUAUAUCUUGACUUGUACGUCAGGUCGGUGUUAGUUUGCCGCCUGGCGAGUUGACUGUGUCACA